AGAUUUCACGACGAAGAGACUGGCCAACUUGACUACGUGCAUCACGCACGUGCACAGGGCUAUCUACAGAGGCGCAGCUACCCAGAGUUUACAUUGUUUCAUCAAAUGAAGUGGCAAAGUUGGUAGACGUUGCAGUGUAGCUGUUCUUUAAGAGUUAUCCUUAAAUAUGACUACACCGAAUUCAGAAUCAAAUUCACAGGACAUGUCGGCCCAGGGAGGUCAGAUUUCUGCCCCGCUGACUCUGCCACAGGGAAUGGGACUCCAGACCAUGCCAAUAAUGUUGUCAGUUAGCCUUCCUGAAAAGGACAUGGAAAAUAACAAAUUGGGUGUGUUGCCUCCUGUACUUCAAUUGAUCCAACAAAGUGGAUUACAAACCCUGUCACAGAUCUUCCCACAAGUUGCACCACCCCUAACUAACUCCUCCCAGGCUACCCCAAUCCAAGACUAUACCACAUCUAGUCCAGCCCAUCCCAAUGUAGCAACUGGCUCACCAGACACAUCACUUAAACCGUCCGCCAGACCUUCAUUGGAUUUGUCAUCUGUUCUCAAACUACAAAAUUCAAGUGAAUUAGUGUCGAUUCAGAACCGAUUAUCGCUGGCAAACACCUCAAUUAAUAGUCUUGCUAAUUUAGUUCAGGAAUCAACAAACUCUCAGGUGCUACAUUCCACUCAAACUCUGAAUAAUUCCUCAGAAGAGGGCAGUGGUAAUAGACAGUCUGAUGUUGUUCAUCCAUCACUUCCGUCCUCCCAGGCACCAGCAGCUCUACAAAACAUGUCUGUGCCAGAUGCAAUAGCAGUUCAUCUGGGCAGUGGAGAGUUUACCAGGUCAGAUCUUAUAAGCCCACAUCUUGAGGCCCUAGUGUCUAAUGCUACGUUCAUCCAACAAUGUGCUAAUCAGGACCUAGCAAGUGGUCAAUAUUUGACCAAUCAGGCCUCCCAGUUGACAAGCCACCAGCCAGCGAAUACUCUUCAGACACACGGCCAACAUGCAGGAGAACCGCUUCUGUCUGUGGGCAAUCAGUGCCAACUGGCUUCUGACCUACAGAGCACAUCGUUGCAGUCCAACAUCCCGAGCCAGAUGUUGUGUACAAGCACAGCAUUAGGACAUCAAACUGACGGAACAGAGCUGUCCUCUCAACACCAGGAGGCACCACAGUUAACUCAACAUCACAUAGAAGACAUAAGUCUCACUCAACAAAAAUGUAAUGAUGUAACCAUUGGUAAUGAGAUGACUGUAGUUGGCUACAACCCUCAGGAUUACUUACAAAUGCAGACAAGCCUGGCAACGGCAGCUUAUAUACCUUUACGAGAGGAACUAUCAAAUCAGGAUCCUUCCACAGUGGCAGCCAGCUUGGCCAGUCAGAUUGAGGCCAUCUCCAGUGCUAUAACCAAUCAGAGUGGGCUCAUACAACUACCAACCACAGGACCCAACCCACAAUGCCCCAGUCAUCUGGUUGAUCUGGUGUUGAAACUAGCUGGAAAGCGGGAUGCAAACAUACCUCAUGAAACUACUGCUGUGACGGUCAGCAUCCCAGUGGAGCCUGUGACAGGGGCUGGUCUGGCGAUACCAGAAGUUUUUGUAUCCUUCUGUGUGGGAUGUGAUUCUGCAUCAGAGACGACCCCAUGUCUGGUCCAUGACACGGAGUACAGUGCCAUUGUGGACAGUCCCAUACCAAGCAAAGCUCGGGCUUCUCUCCCAACCUGUCUCUGUCUGAAGUCUUCAGAGACAAUACUACAGAAUGUUACAGGUGUGUGGGCAAAAGUGAAGCUCAAAGCUAAAAGCAAAUUUGGACCUUUGGUGGGAAAAAUAAGUUCCUCUGCUCCUGGCGAGUCAAAACUUGGUUCUCUUCCAGAGUUUAAGGUCAUCUACAGUAACAAGGUGGAUCAAUAUGAUUUGGAGGAUGAGCAGGAAUGUAACUGGCUCAAAUUCGUACAGAUGGCACGAACUGAGGCAGCCCAGAACAUGGUUGUCACACAAUUGGGGUCCGAGAUCUUCUUCUUUACCACAAAAGAGGUGUAUCCUGGGGAGGAACUAUUCUUCUGGUACUCCAAGGACUAUGCUCGCUUUCUAGGAGUACCUGUCAGUCCAGAAACAAAGAAGAUAAAAACAUGUUAUGUGUGUGGUAAGGUGUUCGUUGGACGUCUAAACCUGAGGGCUCACCAGAAACUUCUACAUGCAGAUGUGGUGAAAAGGAAGUGGAAUUGUAACAUGUGUGAGCAGGGAUUCACAUCCUCAGCCAAGCUCAAUGACCACAUGAACAUUCAUAUGGGGAUCAAGCCACACACGUGUCAGAUCUGUGGGAAACGGUUCACAGACCAAAGUAACCUCAGACAACAUUUGCUGACUCACAGUAAUGUGAAGAGGUUUUCUUGUACUCAGUGUGGUAAUCAGUUCCGUCAGAAGAUCCAUCUUCAGACACACAUGUUGACACAUACAGGAGAGAAAAAUCUGCAGUGUAGCUUCUGCGUAAAGAAGUUUGCACGUGAAUCAGACCGAAAACAGCAUCAGUAUCAACACACGAAGGAAAAGAUUUAUCAAUGUAUGGACUGCAACAAAAUAUUCUACAAACUUCAGAACUACAAACGACAUGCACUGAUGCAUACAGGGGAAAAAAAUCAUGCAUGUCCCAAGUGUCAGAAACGAUUCUACACCAAAUACCAUUUACAGCGUCAUUCUAAAAUCUGCAAAGGAGCUACAACGAAAAUCUAUCUCAACAAACACGAGAAAAAUCUCAAUUUAGAAGAAAUAGCUAAUGAACUGACAGCAGGUCCCUCUGCAUCCAGGACUCUGGGGAACAGUACUGCUACUUCAUAAACGUCUUCUUCCGAAAGCCAAUGUGUUAUAAUUUCGUAUGUAUGUGUUCUUUAAUUAUGGAAGAUCCUGCAUCUUAAUCCUGAAUCCUGCAUCUAAGAAGUCUGCCACUUUGUCCAAAUCUCUCCUACUUAAACAACAGAUUUCUGUGCCUUCUACAUCAAGCUACUCAACACCAAAAGGAAAAUGUACUUGAUAUCAUGAUUGAUAUUGCUGAGCUGUCAUGCGUAUCCAGGACAACCCUCCAUGUCUACUAAACAGCAGUUUAUCUGAUGGUAUAAUCAACUCCAGAUUUUGAAGAAGAUAAGCUGAAAAACAGAACAAGCAGAGACUACGAACAAAGACUGAAGUUUAGCUGUGAAAUUCCAGCAGAACAACAUUAAGUGUUCCAGUGGAACAAAGACAGGAAGUGUUAUGUAGAUCAACAGCGCGAUGGAAGUGAAAAGAACUGAAAUUAAUUGAAUGCAAGAAAAUAAGACAAGGAACACACAGGAAAGUAAAGCAUGCUUUUCUUUACCAGUCCUCUCGGCAGAACAUGUUUGUUUUGCUAAUUGUUUAUGUAAAACAAAAAGUUAUUUAUUCAUGUUAAGUUUUUUAUUUUGCUGAACCAAAUUUUUUUAGAUAAUUUUAGUAUGUGAUUUAUGUUAAUAACAGAUACAUUUUUGGUAAAACAAUGGAAAUGAAUAAUAGAUAAACAGUUGUAACAUGGAUCAGCAAAAUAAAGACUCAACAUUUUUUUGUAAAAAAAAGCAAGUUUUGUAUAAAUAAACAAAACUUGAUAGCGGAGUCUAGCUGUUCAUCACCAUAUCUGCUUAACAUGCCAUCACAAAUCUAGCAUUUUUAAUGUUUUUGACCAUUAGAAAUAAACCUGUAUGUUUCAAGUAUCGAGAUGAUUUUCUAUAAGUAUAACUAUCUAUUGUGAAAUGUAUCUGAAAACAAUUAAAAAAAUUGUGUGAAUGAACCAUUUAAGGCUUAAGGCUUUGAACAGCUGGACCAGCUCAUUUCAAGGACACAUCUUACCAAGGGUUUAUACAGUCUAAUUGUGCAGGAAUGUUGAAAAAUAACCAUAGAAAAAUCUCGUUCUGUGUUUUGCUAACACUUUUUUUUUGAACUAAAGUAUCAAAAAAAGUUAACAUUUAAAGUUUUAUGAAAAAGUUACCUUCACUCUUCAGUAGAAGACUUUGUAAAGAAAAUCAUAUACUUUGCUGUUUACCACAGAACUUUUUCGUUUUUUUUUGCAUUAAAAAAUUUUUGUCUCGGUUUGUGUAAAUGAAAAUAUCCCAUUCACUAGCAAAGUAGUAUUUACACAAUAAGGAUUAUGUUUUAUUUAACAAAAAUGUGUCUGGCCUUCAGUAAGCUGUGUCCUGAGGUUUUAAUGUAAUCAACUGUAGUUAUUAAAUGAGGAGAAGAAAGCAGAUUAAGAAAAAAGUAUGUGAUAUUUGGUUGAAAGAGAAACUUAUCUGUUUAGAAAAGAAAUGAUAAUGAGUGAAUGAGGUAUGUAAGAUUGUGUCAGGUUGGUGUGUUUGGAUUAUUGUUUAUGAAAAAAUUGGCACUGAACUGAAGCUGCUGAUGUAAGGCUGGGAGUCUGGUAUACUGAGAAGUAUGAUGACCAUCGUUAGAAUCGAACAUCUAUAGCGGAAUAAAUCACACGGUAAGUUCAUCUUUUCCAGCAAAUGUAGUGUUUAUGAAUAUUUAGUAUGCGUUUACUUUAAAUAGUAUGCGUUUACCUAAAAUUUUUAAGGUUAAUGUGUGUGACCCUGUCAUUCUAUUAGUUGGAGAAUUCGUUUCCAAACAAUAGUUUGGGUAGCUUUUCAACUACUCAUGAAGUCUUAUAGACACAUUAUCCAACCAAGAACUGUUUAUUUUGGUGCUUUUCAUAUUAUAUAUGACUUUAGAAAAAGAUUUACCUCAAGUAGUCAGUUUGAACUUUAAAGGUUUAUGAAGAACAUUGGGGAAAAAUUAUCAGUGAAGUCCAAUUUUUAACUUCCAACCCAAUAUUAUGCCAGGUGUUAGUUACCUGGACAUGUGAUAAGUAAUCUAUAUAAGGAUUUUGGAUAUUGUAUACAUGGCGAUUGAGACUUGCAAUACUGUCUGCCCAUUAUACAUCUGGUACUGAGAUAAGUAGUAUAACGCAUCACCUGAUAACAUACAGAAUCCAUUAUUAGGUUAUUUACCUUUCAGGGUAUAGAUUCCCAUCUAUAUGUUUCUCAAUAAGUCGAUUACAAGCAAGGGGUUUGCUUGUUAAACUUGGUCAUUGACACUAGCAUGACAGGGCAUCUACUAACCCAAUAUCUUCAGUCAAAAACACAGCAAAAUUGAAUUUGACACAGAUUUUUGCAUGCCGUGUGUCAAGCUGUCACUUCACAUUAUGACCGUCAGUGUAUAUUGCCCCUACAUAUACCUGUAUCCAGACACCUCUGUGUCAAUUUAGAGUCGCUCAACUGUGACCAGGUCUGGCUGUUACUCACUAAUUGUGGCAUAGGUGUCAGUCACUCCUCUACCAACAUUGUCUAUGUUGUGCUCGGCCAUCAUAUUUUGAUCAUUGAAAUAAAAAAGGUAUAUUUGAUUGCCAUAUCAAAAGACUUAACAUCUACACAAUUUUAUGAUAACUUGCAAUCAAGGCUGUUACUAAUAGAUUGUAAGUAGGCAUAGUCUGAUGCAUAUGAAACAUCCAUUACAGCCAUAUUGUUGAUGAUAACCUGAAUAACCUCACGUUACCUGUGCAGCAACUGCAUUUGACAGGAUGAGGAAGCAUAAAUCAUUGAUGUUAUUUCAUUUGACACUGAAAUAUAAAAAUAGGAUAAGUAUAAUAUGCUGCUGAAUAUUUUUUCCAGAAAGUGAUUUUUCAAAUUGUUAACAAAAUGUUUGCGUAAGACAGCGAGCCUUGAGCCUUACACUAGUUUUAUCAAUGGUCCGAUUUUGUUAUUGGAGAGCGUUUUUGACAUGUUUCGGCUAUAGGGUAUCCAUUAUCAGAACAACUAUCAUUUAUUGUGACGUCUAAGAUACAUAUGUGAACAUCAGAAUUUGAUGAUGUGUGUGAGUACAAAAAAAAAAAAAAAAAUCAGAUGUGUAGAGGAAGUUGACAGUGUGUGAUUAAUCUUUUGAGUUAUAUAUCCAGAUACUGGUAUAAUCUAAUUAUGCUCAGGAGCUUAAAUUAUGACCUAAUAAUAGAUCAACAUUGUUGAAGUAGUAGAUUUAUUGUAACCACAGACAAAUAAGAAUAAUGAUGAUCACAGGAAUAAACAUAGAGGUAACUACGUAUCAUGACCAAUUAAAUGUUAUAAAUGUUGAAUCAGCAAUGGAUAAUAGUUAAUGGAUUGAGUUUACAGUUCAUUAUCAGUUAUUGGAAACAGAUUUUAUAAAAGUUUCUGGCUAAAACGUCCCUAAUUGCUUUUCAGUGGGGUAUGUUUAGGCUGGAUGGUUCCAUUGUAUCCGUAAAGUUGGCAGUUGUAAAAUGUUUCUGAAAAAAAAAAAAAAAAAAUCCAAUAAUAAUUUGCAAAUAGACGAUCCAUAUGGUUAUACAUAAGUAAAAGUAUUAACAUGUUGGCAUUGACCUCUGUUCAGGAUAUCUUUAAUUUCUUUCUCCCUUGUUUCCACAACCAAAUUGGGAGUCAUGAAAUGUAUUUUGAAAGAAAAAAAAAUAUAUAUAUCGGUUGUAAUUGGCAAAUAUAGCCAGUCAAAGUUACACAUCAAAAAGAAAAUUAACAUGUUGGCAAUGUCACUUUGGUGAAGUGACCUCUCUUCAGGAUAUCUUAUAUUUCUUUCUCCCUUGUUUCCACAACCAAUUUGGGAGUUAUGAAAUGUAUUUAAAAAAAAAAUAUAUAUAUAUAUCCAUUGUAAUUGGCAAAAAUAGCCAGCCUAGUUAUACAUAAAAAAAAAUUAACAUGUUGGCAAUGUCACUUUGGUGAAGUGACCUCUCUUCAGGAUAUCUUUAAUUUCUUUCUCCCUUGUUUCCACAACCAAUUUGGGAGUUAUGAAAUGUAUUUUGAAAAAAAAAGAUAAAUAUAUAUCCAUUGUAAUUGGCAAAAAUAGCCAGCCUAGUUAUACAUAAUUUUUUUUUUACAUGUUUGCAAUGUCACUUUGGUGAAGUGACCUCUCUUCAGGAUAUCUUUAAUUUCUUUCUCCCUUGUUUCCACAACCAAUUUGGGAGUUAUGAAAUGUAUUUUUUAAAAAAAGAUCAAUAUAUAUCCAUUGUAAUUGGCAAAAAUAGCCAGCCUAGUUAUACAUAAUUUUUUUUUUACAUGUUGGCAAUGUCACUUUGGUGAAGUGACCUCUUCAGGAUAUCUUUAAUUUCUUUCUCCCUUGUUUCCACAACCAAUUUGGGAGUUAUGAAAUGUAUUUUGAAAAAAAAAAGAUAAAUAUAUAUCCAUUGUAAUUGGCAAAAAUAGCCAGCCUAGUUAUACAUAAUUUUUUUUUUACAUGUUGGCAAUGUCACUUUGGUGAAGUGACCUCUUCAGGAUUUUUUUCUUUUAUUUCUUUCUCCCUUGUUUCCAAAACCAAAUUGGGAGUCAUGAAAUGUAUUUAAAAAAAAAAAUAUAUAUAUAUAUAUUAGUCCAAUUUUCUGGUAGAAAUGCUGGCUUAAGAGAUAUAGAAAGCAUAUUACAAUAUACUAAAUAUAAAUAACACACAAAUUGGUUUGGGUGAACUUCAGACCAUGAUUUAUUUGCAUAAUACAUAAUUAUAACAGAGUAAAAUAACAAUAAGCAAUAUCAUUAUUUUUUGUAGUUAAAACUUAAACUAUGGUCCUCCUACUACACUAAUCACUAUACACUACAAGUUAACAAAUACUAAAACUACACAUAAAUAGAUUUAAUGGUGAAUGAUGAUUUGAGGGUGGGCGGGUGGGAAAUCUCAGGUUAGAGAAAUCCUGCUGCUGAAGCUUUGCUAGAAAAUUCUGAAGUGACCAGCAUGUAGGAGGGGAACAGUCUGCUGACUGUUUCCCCUAUGGGGGUUCACUCUAGCAGGGAAGUGUCCAUCCCAUUGGUCAAACAGAUUACAUAUAACCAAAUUUAGUCAUCUGCUAUUUGAUCAGGGUGAGGCCUGCUUUAUGUAAUGUAUGUGGCCCUGUUCACAGUUGGUGUCCCAGAUGCCAGCUGACCCUUUAUUUACACAACUGUAGCAGUUAAUGUAAAGCAAGCUGGACCCCUACUAGUGAGGGAUCUGGUUACUGGUGUAAUGAGAUCUAGACUCCCUUGUAAUUUUAUGCAGAUAAAAUUGCCCACCACUCAAAGUAUUAAUAACAUAUUAAACUAAAUUAAUAUUCUCA